AUGAAGCUCAAGGCGAAGCGCGCCAAGGCCAAGACGUCCGGGUCCUCCCUUGCCAGGUCCCACAGCGCGCAUCGGAAAUGGGACCACAUCCCUCGCCUCGUGGUGUUCGACCUGGACUUCACCUUGUGGUAUCCAGAGAUGUACGAGCUCUGGGGGGCUCCGUUCAAGAAGAACCCGACCACGGGCGCCGUGACGGACUGCAAGGGCGAGCAAGUGCACUUCUUCGGGGCCGUCCACACGGUGCUGAGCAUCCUGGAGACGGACCCGCAGUUCCGAGACACGACCGAGGUGGCGGUCGCUUCGAGGACGACGGAGCCCAAGUGGGCCAAGACCUGCAUGCGACUCAUGGACGUCGACAUUGGCAGUGGAAGCCAAGCUGCUGAUGGGGACGGAGAGGAGGAGGAAGGAGAGGCACAGGAGGGGGAGGAGGAGGGUGAUGAUGACGAGGUGGUCAAGACCUCGCUGCAGACCAUCAUCGACUAUGAAGCCAUCUAUCCUCGCAACAAGCGCGUGCACUUCGAGCAGCUCAAGAAGGACAGCGGCAUUCCGUACGAAGACAUGCUCUUCUUUGACAACGAGUAUGGCAACGUGGCGGACAUCCAGAGGCUCGGAGUGACCUGCGCCUACUGUCCGCAGGGACUGACCGAAGGCUCGUGGAUCCAGGGUAUGGAGGCAUUCCAGGAGGCUAAGCGGAAGCAGACGAGCACUAGCUAG